AUGAAACCGACAAACCAAACUCAGCUUUCAGAAUUCCUUCUUCUGGGAUUCGCAGAGUACUCAGCCCUGCAGCCUCUUAUCUUUGGGCUGUUCCUCUCCAUGUACCUGGUCACUGUAAGUGGGAACUUGCUAAUUGUCCUGGCCAUCCUCUCUGACCCACACCUCCACAAGCCCAUGUACUUCUUCCUCACCAAUUUAUCAUUAGUGGAUGUCUGCUUCACCUCCACCACUAUCCCCAAGAUGCUGGUGAACAUCCAGACGCAGAGCCAAGCCAUCAGCUAUGCAGGCUGCAUCACACAGAUGUUCUUCUCUCUGCUGUUUGGAAGCCUGGAUGACUUUCUCCUGACCGUGAUGGCCUAUGACCGGUUUGUAGCCAUCUGCCACCCUCUACACUAUAUGGUCAUCAUGAAAUCCCAUCUCUGUGUGCAGCUGGUUCUGGUGUGCUGGGUCAUUGCUGUCCUGAAUGCCCUUAUGCAGAGCUUACUAAUGCUGAGGCUGAGUUUCUGCUCACACAUGGAAAUCCCUCACUUUUUCUGUGAAUUGAAUCAGGUAGUCCAACUGGCCUGCUCUGACACUUUUCUUAAUGUCCUCAUGAUUUAUAUUAUAUCUGUGCUGCUUGGAGGUGGUCCCCUAGCUGGGAUCCUGUACUCCUACUCCAAGAUCAUCUCCUCCAUCCGUGCCAUCUCAUCAGCUCAGGGGAAGCAUAAAGCCUUUUCCACCUGUGCCUCUCACCUCUCUGCCGUCUCCCUAUUUUAUGGCACAGUCAUUGGUGUGUACCUCAGUGCCAGUGCUGCCCCAAGUUCAGCCUCAACUGCCACAGACUCGGUGAUGUACACAGUGGUCACCCCCAUGCUGAACCCCUUCAUCUACAGCCUGAGGAACGCAGACAUGAAGAAGGCUCUGAAAAGACUGUUGUUUCAUAAAUGA